ACUAGUCAUUCGACCUCCAGAGUUAGCAGGUUAACGACGAUUAUGAACAGAAAAUUAUCUAUGAAAGCACUUUGGCUUCUUGCAGCUUGUGCUGUACUUUUUACUAUUGUCAUUGAAACCAGAGCUUUCGACCGAAACGCGAACGACUACAACGAUGUUGUUGAUGCUUUAAGAAAGAUUUACCUUAACAGAGCAAUGACAAAAAGACGCUUGGACAUGGGUUAUGGAAAUAGGUUUGACCUAGCGGCCAGUAUUGGUUCUAAGCUUAUGGCUCUAAAGCAUGCAAAUGAUUUGAGUGGUCCCGGUCGUAAGUGA